AUGGCCACUGUUGUUGCAGAGGGGCUCGAAAAAGCCCACGAGGCGGUCAAAAGUGCUGCCUCGAAGAACAAGAAGAGUGUUGACCUCGAGCGCGACAUGGUGGAUGUCACCACCAACCAGCGCCAGACCACCGACCACGGUGUCCCCAUCAGCAAUGCCGACCAAUGGCUGCGGUCGGUUGACGACCGUCACACCGGACCUUCCCUGCUGGAGGAUCAGAUCGCCCGAGAGAAGAUCCACCGAUUCGACCAUGAGCGGAUCCCCGAGCGUGUCGUCCACGCGCGGGGAACCGGCGCAUUCGGGAACUUUAAACUGCUCGAGAGCUGUGAAGAUGUCACCUAUGCGGGGGUUCUAACAGAUACCUCGCGGAAUACCCCCGUCUUUGUCCGCUUUUCCACCGUGCAGGGCAGUAAGGGGAGUGCCGAUACGGUGCGCGAUGUCCGUGGAUUCGCGACCAAGUUCUACACCGACGAGGGUAACUGGGACAUUGUUGGCAACAAUAUCCCCGUCUUCUUUAUCCAGGAUUCCAUGAAGUUCCCUGAUUUCGUCCACGCGGUGAAGCCCGAGCCUCACAAUGAAGUUCCUCAAGCCCAGACAGCCCACAACAACUUUUGGGAUUUCUGCUACCUACACCCUGAAGCCACCCAUAUGUUCAUGUGGGCCAUGUCGGACCGCGCCAUUCCCCGGUCCUACCGGAUGAUGCAAGGGUUUGGUGUCAACACUUUCUCGUUGAUUAACAAGGAGGGCAAGCGCCACUUUGUCAAGUUUAUCUGGACGCCCCAUCUGGGUGUGCAUUCCUUCGUCUGGGACGAAGCCUUGAAGCUCGCGGGUCAGGACCCGGACUUCCACCGCAAGGACCUGAUGGAGGCCAUUGACAAUGGUGCGUUCCCGAAAUGGGACCUGUCGAUCCAGACCAUCCCGGAGGAGAAGCAGGAUGACUUUGACUUUGACAUCCUCGACGCCACCAAGAUCUGGCCGGAGGAUCUGGUUCCCCCCCGGACCAUCGGUGUGCUGGAGCUCAACCGCAACGUGGAUGAGUUCUUCCCGCAAACGGAGCAAGUCGCCUUUUGUACCUCGCACAUCGUACCCGGGAUUGACUUCUCCGACGACCCGCUGCUGCAGGGACGGAACUUUUCCUACUUCGACACUCAGAUUAGCCGUCUGGGAAUCAACUGGGAGGAGCUCCCCAUCAACCGACCGGUCUGUCCCGUGCUGAACCACAACCGCGACGGGGCCAUGCGCCACCGGAUCACCAAGGGCAGUGUCAACUACUGGCCCAACCGGUUCGAGGCGGCCAAGCCCGAUGAUCCUGCGCCCCAAGGCGGCGGCUUCGAGUCCUACCCGGCGCCGGUCACCGGUCGGAAGCGACGCGCGCUGGGCCCCAAGUUCCGCGAGCACCACUCUCAGGCCCAACUCUUCUUCAACUCCAUGUCGGAGCACGAGAAGCUGCACAUGAUCAAGGCCUUUAGUUUCGAACUGGACCACUGCGAUGACCCCAUUGUCUACGAGCGCUUGGCCGGCAAGCGGUUGGCGGAAAUCGACCUCGAGCUGGCGCAGAAGGUGGCCGAAGCCGUGGGCGCGCCGAUUCCGGAGAAGGCCCUCAUGGCCAACCACGGCCGACAAGCCAUUCACCUGUCGCAGACGGAGUUCCCCCCCAAGUCUCCGACCAUCGCCAGUCGGCGCAUUGCCAUUGUGAUCGGCGAUGGAUACGACCCCGUGGCGUUCAAGGGGGUGCAGACGGCCGUGACGGCGGCCGGGGCCUUGCCCUUCGUCAUUGGCACCAAGCGGUCGCCCAUCUACGCGGAUGGCGAAUCCAAGGAGACGUCCCAGGGCAUCAUUGCGGACCACCAGUACGACGGCCAGCGGUCGACCAUGUUCGAUGCGACCUUCAUCCCGGGCGGACCGCACGUGCAGACGCUGCGACAGAAUGGACAGAUCCGGUACUGGAUCGCGGAAACCUUUGGCCACCUGAAGCCGCUGGCCGGCACGGGCGAAGCCGCCGAGCUGAUCAAGGAGGCAUUGGGCAGUGUGCUGGAUGUGCACGUCGCGACGGCCUCCCAGUCGCAGCCGGUGGAGUGGUACGGCGUGGUCACGGCGGGGGGCGUCCAGAAGCCGGAGAGCUUCCAGGCGGGGGUGCAGAUCCUCACGGACGCCAAGGAUUUUGUGGGAUUGUUCUUCUACCAGAUUGCGCAGCAUCGGAACUACCAGCGGGAGUUGGAUGGGCUGAGUUCGACGGUGGCGUGGUGA